GACCAGGGAGGGAGAAUGUGGUGUGGUGGGGAGAGAAGCUCGCGCGCCAGCCGCGGAGCCUCCCGCCCGCAUACGCCACCCGCAUACGGCCAGCCAUCACCAUGCCACGGGCUUUAUCUCGGCCUCCCUGCUGGGCCAUCCGUAGCCCACUGGAGGCCCAGAAGGGCGGUGCUGUGCGUCGUGUCGCUGCGGAGUCCACACACAGCAGGUGACAGACAGGCCGCGGCUCAGUCAGGUGAGGUCGCCGCCGUCCACCACCACCGGAUCGAGAGGAUGAGACCACCGGUGAGCAGGGGGGCCUUCGCGUCCGUGCUGCUGGGGCGGCGCGCGCUCGGGGCUUCCCUGGUCGCCGCCCGCUGCGCCUCCUCGGCCGCCUCCCCUGCCGCCGCCGUUACUGCCUCCGACCAUGCAUCCUUUGUUAAGGAAAUCGCCGCAACGGAUCCCCCGGAGCAUCUCAACUCUCUCUUGAAUGUGCUUCAGGCACGAGGUGAAAUGAUUGUUUCUCCUGGAGCAAAAAGAGGCUUGAUUCCGGUGGUUAUUCCCUUAUCAGAAAGUCCAGCAGGUAAUUUAACAUCCCUACUUAGAUGGCCAACUGCUCCAACUGGGAUGGAGAUGCCUGUAGUGGAAGUUCGUAAGCAUGGGUUGUGGCUUUUGGCUAAGAAUGUGAAACAAUAUAUUCACAGAAUACUUGUUGAGGCUGACAUCAAUGCUAAUGCUGGUGACGAUAUAUGGGCUGCUGUGGACGAAGCUGGUGAAAACCUUUACACUAAAGGUGACUUCAAAGAGUCACAGCUGGCGAAUCUUGAUGUCUAUUUGUUGAAGAAGGUUGGACUUUUCCCUGACGUUAUAGAGAGGAAAACAUUACACCAUCUGGGAAAAGGAGAUAAUGUCUCAGCUCUUAUCACUGGAGAAUUCUACACUAGAGAUCAAUUUCCCGGAUUUGGAAGACCCUUUGUGUUCAAUGCAGAGAUUUUAAAAAGAGUCGGGCGUACAUCUGAAGCCAAAGAUUCAGCCCGUGUGGCUUUGAAGUCACCAUGGUGGACACUAGGCUGCAGUUACGAAGAGGCUGCUGAAUUAGCUGGGUGGGAGGAUGAGCAGAUCGAAUUUAUAAGAGAGAAGAUAACCGAGGAGGGUAAGCGUGAGGAUCUGAAGAAAGGGAAAGCUCCAGAACAGGUGGUCCUUGACGAGGCAGCAUUUCUAAUGGACUUAGCAUAUGUGGAUGGUAACUGGGAUGAUGUGGUGGACCGGAUUGCUGAGUGUUACAGAGAAGCUGGGCUUGAUGACAUUGCAAAGUUCAUUGCCUACAGGGAAUAGGUGUUAGGUUCCCUAUGCUUUACAAUUUUAUUGAAGCAAUUUUGGCAAGCUUUCUAUUAUUCAUAAGAGAAAUUGUUCCAACCUGUUGAAUUUAGGAAUAAUACUUCCCCUUCACACAGGCGCUAGCUCAUGGAUUUCUGUCGUCGUUUAGUGAUUGGCACCAUAAUAGACAUGUCCUUGUUUUGUCUAGCUCCCAACACAAGUUUUUGUUUUUGCCA